GGCCUUCGUUUCUCUCUCUAACUCGUGUGAAAUACAUUGAAAGAUCUUGGUUUCAUCUGUUUCAAUUAAAGGUUUAUGCAUCAAGAAAGGGUAUAUGGAGCAGUAUUUUGAUGAAACUGAGACUGGAAACAGCUUUAAUGGAGAUGAUGGAGCCUGGAAAUCUACUGCUAAAUCUGUCAAUAAACCGGAGAGAAGUUUUUCCGGCGGCUUUGACUGCAACAUCUGUCUAGAUUCCGUCCAAGAUCCGGUGGUGACACUUUGUGGCCACCUCUACUGUUGGCCUUGUAUUUACAAAUGGAUUCAUCAUCAAAACACUUCUUCAUCUGAUCAAACCCUAGAAAAGAAAACUCCACAGUGUCCCGUAUGCAAGACUGAAGUCGCCCCAAAAACGAUGGUCCCAUUGUAUGGUCGUGGCCAGCAGGCUAUCAAUCCUGGUACUGAAGAAAAGUCUCCAGGUUUAGAAGAAUUGGCGAUCCCACGGAGGCCUCCUGCGCCAAGAUACGGAGUCCUAGACGCAGAAGCUGGUUCACAGCUUAGUCGUCGUCGGUUUCACCAACGAGCACCGCCACCUCUAGCUAUGCCCGUGCCUGAUCUAACCACCAUGGUGAUGAGUCCUAGUCCCACCAUCAAUAUGCUCGGAGAAAUGGUUUCCGGGAGGAUUUUGGGAGACUUGGAAACUCCGUUGUUUGCUAGUCCCAAUUCGUAUAAUCUAGCCGGGUUGAGUACUCGACGAGCGAGAAGGGAGGCAACACAGGCUGAUCGGUCGCUUAGCCGAAUAUACACUUUCUUGUUUUGUUGCAUAAUAUUUUGUCUUCUCUUGUUUACAUGAAAACCCCCUUUUUGUUGCUCUUCUUCUUAAAGCCCCCACUCUUUCACCUUCCAUUUUUGGUCCCAGAAUUGGUGCAUGGAUGAUCUGACGUUAUUGGUCAGAUUUUUUUAACUGUGGAUG